AUGUUAUGGUCCUUGGGAAGAACCACAGUGACCCAUCAUUCAUGGCAUCACAAGCACGCUCCUUGCUCGUCUCUCAGCCACUCUUCUAGGACCCCAAAGCCCAUAACACCCUUCAAAUCUGAUCCCAAAAAACCCACCUCCUCUAACCCUUCACUUGAUGUGGGGCCUAAUGGUCGUCCUCUAUUGACCUCGGCGCCUUCCCUCUCCCACCUCUCCUACAACGAUGCCCGCACCUACUUCAAGCUCACUGGUUCUGAUGGUUUAGUUUUGAAAUUUUUUGAGGUCCCCACAGGUUGGAAGUUCUUUGGUAAUUUAAUUGAUGUUGGAUUAUGUUCAGUAUGUGGUGAAGAAAGUUUUGGGACUAGUUCUAAUCAUCUUCAUGAGAAAGAUGGAAUUUGGCCAGUUUUGGCCUGGCUAUCUAUACUUGCAUAUUAA